GCUUCAGUUGUAGCAUGGCAUGCACAGUCAUCCUCCCUUGAGUCAUUCACCUUCACCUGUCGUUCUCAAUCACACGAGCCAUGAAUGGGGAGCAACAACACCAGACAGACAGGACACCAGGCAACUCCCGCCCUCCCCCCUCUCCCCCCCUGUGUGGUGGAUUGGAUGCACUGCUGUGCGGCUCUUUGGCUGAACGGACAGCGAAGCAUGCAGAAAAAGCGCCAAGACAAGACAAGACGAGAUACACACCGGCUUACCUGCUCACGCACUCACAUUAAAAGCACGAGGACCAGCUUACGCACACACACAUGUAAACAAACAGGCAGACCUCUUCCUUCCCUGCUUCCUUCCUCUCUGUGCGUCAUGGAUGGCAGGCAAAAAUACCUUCCUUCCUCACGCCAUGUCAGGCGCGGAGAGCCAUGCGGGCCAACCAACCUCACUUUAUCACAUGAACGAACGAUGAAUACAUGACAGACACCUCACUAUCACAAACACACACACACACACACACCUUGUCUAGUUUACGCACAGACAGCAAGCAAGAGACCUUCAUACCGCCCAGUCAGCCGCAGUGCCUCAUGACGGCCGUCUUGAAGCUCACUGCGUCUUCGUCAAGGCCCAACAUCACACCCCCUGGCCGCCAACCCCCACGCCCACUCACGCGCCCCGCCUGCUCAGCAGCCAGCCGCCCAAGCUCCUCAAUAAUGACAUUGUCGUCAUCGUCUUGAAACUCGUCCCCAGACAAGUCGGCAAGAGAGAUCCCGUCGGCGCCCCCAAAGGUGGGCGGCGACUCGCUCGCCAGCUCUUCGCACAGCACGGCCUUGCUGACGGCGGUGGGUGUCUCCCUCUCCCUGUCCCUGUCAGUCUCCACACAUGUGUCGAAUGUGUCGACGGUGCUGGCGUGGGAUGACCUCCUUGUGUCCUCAUGGGCAGGCGAAUCAGUCGAAGAAGAUGGAGACUGCUCGGUCGCGUCAUCGGCAGCGGCAGGAGGGGUGGGGCUUGGGGGAGGCACCCAUCUCGAUGUCUGUGUCUGCUGGUGGUGGUGGUGGACGGUCUUCCCCUUCAGCUGAAGGGCCGUCGUCGUCGUCCAGAUCAAGAUCGUCGAAAGUGUCACAAUGCCAGCGACAUCGACACUUCUGCAGAGGCCCAGCCGCCCUCCUCUUGGCCUCCACCAGUGCAUCCCGCCGGCCAUCGAGAUAAACCAGCAGUGCCAAGCCGCCCAGCUGGACGACGAGAGCUGCCCACGUGAGCCCGCCGAGAUGGUGCGGGCGGACCCCCAUCCAUCCGUGUGUCUGGAUGAGAGCACACGGGACGACGCUGCCCGCCAGGUGUGCAAGCAUGCACACGCGCCGUGCCCGAUUUUCCGCGGCAGAUGCAGCCACGACGCCACCAGCACCACCACACCCAAAGGGCCUACCAGCUGCAACACCGCGGGCCAGUCAGAAGCCAGCUGGUGCUGCUGCACCAGCCGAUACGAAGCGACCACAAUCAGGCUGAUCAUGCACGAGAGGGCGCCGGCCAGCCAGGGGGAGCCGAGGGCACUGGUGGCCACUCGGUGCAAUGCCGCGUGGAUGGGCAUGAGGCCGCCGAGGAGUACGGCCAGGGAGCCGCGGAUGAGGUAGGGGAGCCAGGCCAGGGGGUUCUUCCCUCCCCCUACCGCCAUGACGAGCCCCACAACGACGAGAAUGACGCUCACCAGUCGGAACGGCGACUGGGGUAUGGUCACCGAGGGAAGGAAGCCGCAGUUGUCCAGAAGCAGGAACAGCAGGGCCUGCCAAGAAUAACAAGGUGAACACGCACAUUCGAUUCAUCAAUCAAUGCAUAUAUAUGUGACUUUGACUUUUCUCUCGUCCGCUCCACUCGCUCACCGCGCCGGCCGUUGCAGUGAUGAGAGUGAGGUCGAGGCCCACCACAGGCAGGACGACCAUCGGCAGCACAAAAUGGGCCCAGCCGAUCAGUCCACUCGUCAGAAGCAUGAAGACCUUGCCCGGCGACCGACGCAGCCCCGCCACGGCAGCCACCGUGUGACUCAGCCGCAGAGUCGGGAUGGCAGCCAGCAACAUCAAGAUGCACACCACACCUGCAUCAUGUCAUGCGGGCGGCAAUGUGUGUGACACACGAACAGUUUGUGUGUGCUUGCCAACUGACCGACCUUGUAUGGUUGCCGCUGCCCACACAACACUGCCCAUCGUCCGGCUCAUCGCCAGUGCUGUCGCCCACACGACAGGAAGGCAGGCGCCAGACAGACACCCCACCGCAGACGCAACGAGCGCCUUGAUCAUUACUGCAGGCCCUGCUCUCAGCUGCCGAACAGGGCUGCGGCCGUCGGAGUGCCGUCGGGGUGCCGUCGGGGUGCUGUUGCCUCUGUAUGUCCUACUGCUGGGGAGGCGUAGACUUCGUCGGAUCAAGCGUGGAUCUCCGCAAAAGUCACGCCAUCUCUUCAGCCUCUUGUGCCAUCUUCACCACCUUCAG